UUCAGACUAGAAAACAUUCACCGAUUUUAAUUCAUUAACGAAUAUUUCCAAAUAAUUUGCCCUUAAUUCAUUUUCUAAAGGGUUUCCGUCUGUAUUGAGAUCGAAAAGUUUCAUUUUCAACAGAAAUCAACUCCUUCAGUGAAUUUUGACUGUAAAAAAUCAAUCAAUUUUCUCCAGCCAAUACCAGAACCAAGCAUCUUCGCAAUUGAAGCCAGUUUCGGUCCACAUAGUAAAAUCUGACAGCACAAAUUCGUCGUUUCGUACACAAUACAAGCAUAUCUCUGCAUAGAGCACAUCAUUGAUCAUCACGAUACUGAAUCGUCAAGUCAUUAUUGUCCAUUUCCACUUAACUUUUCAUCGCCAUCGAAACCUAACCUCAAUUCACAAAGCUAAACCAUGUCCACUUCCAAUCAAACAGCAAACAACUACGAGAGCCAAGUUCUCUCAGCAAUUGGACAGAAACUCUACCUGAGCACGACAAUGGCUGAUGUAAACUUUGUGUUUGAAUCGAAGGACCAUCGAAUCGAUCGCAUUCCCGCACACAAGGCUCACUUGAUGGCCGCCAGCGAUGUGUUUGAAAAAAUGUUUAAUGGAUCGUGGAAAGAGAAGAAUGAAGUGAAGAUUGUCGACGUGUCCGUUGCUGGUUUUACGGAGUUUCUCCAGUUUUUCUACCUGGCUCACGUAAAUCUGACCGUGGACAACGUUGCCGAAGUUAUGAAUCUGGGUAACAUGUACAAUGUGGCCGGCUGUUUGUCCGUGUGUGAAAAGUUCCUGAAGAGAAACCUCUCCGACGACAAUGUUUGCGAAGCGUAUAAAUUGGCGAUUCUUUUCAAUCAAGAGAGUUUGAAAGAUGCAUGUGAGAUAUUCAUCGAAAUCAACGCUAAAGCAGUACUUAAAUCGGAUGGUUUUGUGUCAUGUGAUCGAAAGGUGUUGACCAAAAUUGUGAAACUAAAUUGGAUGACAUGCUCAGAAUCUGAGCUAUUUGAAGGAUGUAUGGCUUGGGUUAAAGCUACCACCAAACAAAAUACUCUGACCAAGGAAUUGGUGCAGAGUCAACUUGGCGAGUUGUUUUACGAAAUUCGCUUUGGAUUGAUGACAAUGGAUGAAUUUGUUGCUCUGAUACCUUCAUACGGAAAGAUUUUUGGGGCCGAUGAAUACACAGACAUUAUUCAAUUAAUCACGGAUAAAGAUUUUCAAUCAAAUUUGUUCCCUGGCAACAAAGUGAAACGUCGAAGAAAUUCGAUUUUGUCUUUUUUUUUAUUGAAUGAUCCUCAUCAUCUGAUUAAAAAAUCAAAACAGUGAAUUUGUCUAUCUUUUCUACGCUCAUAUCAUCGGUCCAAAAUCAAGAGUGUUAAACUCUUCAUAUAGUCACUUUCAAACCCUUACUUUGGAAACUAUUUUUAUAAAAUAAAAUUCAUGUUCGUGCUAUUCAAUGCGGAUAUUAAUAAAAUUGAUAAUUGACACCUUG